UGAACAUGCCGCCUCAUCAUCACUAGUCAUCAUCGGUGCCCCGCUCCCCUCCCACUCUGCCGCAUCUCGCCGUCGCCGCGGAACCCGAUGGGCUGCUUCCUUGGCUGCUUCGGGGGGGCCAAGGAGCGCCGCCGCCGCCGCAAGCGGUCGCCGGCACAGUCCCCCAACGGCCGCGCCCGGGCCGCCCCGCGGGUUACGCCGAAGAAGGUUGAUUUGGAUGGGGAGGUCGUCUCGGCCGCCGCGCCGCUCCUGGCGACGCUGCUCGAGCUGAGGGACUCAACGGAUGACAUGUGCUUGGCCGUCGUGAAGAAGAAGGUGACAUUCGAUCCCAACGUCACUACCUUCGAGGCGGUCGCGAUCCCGGAGGAGGACGGCGAGGGAGCCGAUCCGGAGGAGGAUGGCUCUAGCAGGGAGAAGGACUGGAUGCUGACGCCGGAGUGCGCCAAGUCCGAGGCCUUCCCCUUGAACCACAGGUACAGCAACUGCGCCGACAGCGACAACGAUAGCGAGUACGAGGACGCCGAGGAGGAAGAGUACGACGAAUUCGAAGACGAUGACGAGGAUGAGGAAGAAGAGGACGGGCUCGAUGAGUGCGCGAUCGACGACGAAGGAGAGGAGCACGGUCUCCUCAGCAUUGGGCGUAGCGAGGAGGAGGCGUGCGAGUCGCUGUUCCUGCUCCCGAUCCGCAAGACGCCCAAGGAUAGCGGCGGCCAGGUAGCAGCGACCGGCGCGGCCGCGUCGGAGGCCCCCGCGGUGCUCAACUCGGUAGAGAACCUCACCCAGUGGAAGGAAGCCAAGCCCAGCGUUGCCGCCGCGCCCAAGUCCUCGGACAAGGAGAACGUCGCGCUUGGGCAGGAGAACAGGAUGGACCUCCUCGCCGAGCCAGCGGUGGCGACCAAGAAGAAGGAUGAGAGACCGGCGUUCUCGGACUACAGCUACACCCCCAGCACGCCGAGCAAGCAGGAGGCCUCCGUGGACGCCAGCCUCUCCACAUGGCUCGGUUCCUCGGGGACACCUGAGAGCAACUCGGUCCGGUCCUACUCGCCGAUCAGCCGGGAGGAUCGUCCGAUCCUUGGGGCCCUGACCGUGGAGGACAUCAAGAUAUCAUCAGCCAAGUCGUCGCCGAGGAGGUCGAGGUCCCCGAGCCCGAGCCCAGAUGACAUGCCGAUCCUGGGGACGGUGGGGGCUUACUGGAACUGCAGUGCCAAGGGGGCUGAUCCGGUGACAAGAGGGGGGUUUAUGAGGACCAGAACCAGAUUUGGCCAGAAUUUUGCAGGAUGAAACGGUGAAUUGCUAAUGACACCUCCCGCUAGGAGGGGAAAGAGUGCCAAAAUCGGUUGAGUCAUACAGAGUAUGAGAGUGCGAGAGAUUGUGAAUCCAGUUACAUUUCUGUGGUCUGUCUAUUCUUUCAUAUGUUGUAAACAUUACAUUGUCAUCCAUAUUUUAGCAUGGUGUUUUUGUGGCACUGUCAA